UUAUUUCUUCUUCUCACAAAAUCAGAAGCAAAAAGCUGCACCCAACUACUUAAAGAUGGUUUCACUUCUAACGGCGUGUACACAAUCAAUCCAGAUGGUGGUAAACCAAUACGAGUGUUGUGUGACAUGACCACGGACGGUGGAGGCUGGACCGUUUUUCAGAGACGUUUGGACGGCUCUGUUGACUUCUUUCGUGACUGGAAAUCUUACAAAGAGGGGUUCGGAAGUUUAAGCGGCGAGUUCUGGCUCGGAAACGACAAUCUUCACCGUUUGACAGCUGCUGAUGACGUCAUGUUGAGCGUUGAGCUUGAAGAUUUUGAUGGGAGCAUCAAGUACGCUGAAUACACGACUUUUAAGAUAGCAGACGAAGUUGAUAAGUACAGGCUUUUAGUUGAAGGAUACAAGGGCACGGCUGGGGACUCUAUGAAACCACACAAGUAAGAGAGAUAUUCGGUUUGACAGAGAGUGUAUCUAUUAUCAGUCAGGAGAGGGGCACGUUAUGAAUAGCAUUUGAUUGGCACAAACAUUAGAGUAAAGAGAUACUGUCUAUUCUAUUCUAUCAUAUUCUAUCCUAUUUUAUCCUAUUCCAUCAUAUUCAAUUGUGUUCUGAGCUUGUCCUCUUCUUUUCUUAUUUUACCCCGUUAAAUUCUAUUCUAUUUUACUCUAUUUUAUUCGAUUUUAUUCUAUUCAAUUCUAUUCCAUCCGAUCCUAUUAUAUUACAUUUUUUUUGAAGUAUAAUCUUUUCUAUUCUCUCCUAUUCUAUCUUGAUCAACCGUAUUCUAUACUAAUCCCAUUCUUUUCUAUUCCAGGCUUUUUUACUUUUGAUUCAGUCUAAUCUAUCUUAUUCUUUCCUAUUCUAUUCUGUUCUAUCCUAUUACCUUUUAUUCCUUUUUAUUCUGAUCACUUCUACCAUAUUCUUCUUCCUAAUCCUAUUCUUUUGAGUCCUAUCCCAUUCUAACGUAUUACAUCCUUGUCUACUCUGUUUCACCCUUAGAUAUUUAUAUUUCAUUCCUUUCUAUUCUAUACUAUUCUAACCUUUUCUACCGUAUUCCUUUCUAUUCUAUAGUAUUCUUACCUUUUCAUAUUUCUUUCUACUCUAUACUAUUCUUACCUUUUCUUUUAUAUUUCUUUCGAUUCUAUGCAAUUAUAACCUUUUCUAUCAUAUUCCUUUCUAUUCUAUACUCUUGUUACCUUUUCAUAUUUCUUUCUAUUCUAUACUAUUUUUACCUUUUCUUUACAUCGCCCAGAAUUCAGCGACAUAUCCGGGACUUUCAUUGAGACGCUGGCGCUAAAUUUAAAAGCUAAUUAGAAAAUGAUUGUCAAACAAUAAAGGAAAAGGGCUGAAAAUGUCGAGGAAGGCUUACGUUCUCUUCGUUUACGGAUAAACUACUUUUCAAAUGCUACUUUUACCAUAUGGCUUUUAAAGAAGAAAGUUCAAUUGAAUAGUGUAUCAUUCUCACUUUGUUCUUGCGCUUUCAGAAGAGGUCGCAAAUUUGCCUUGAAAAUUGACUAUGUUAGCAUCCUGCUUGUAUGAGAAGUCGAUCUCAGCGCACUUUCAGGCGUAAUUUAUCUUCACUCAAUUGCUAGAUUUCUCUUUUACCAUAUGGUUAUUUUUAUUUGACAUUCUAGAAAGCGUCAUAGAAAUUUUCAAGGGAUUCCAAACUUUGGAAGUAGUCGCAAAACGCGAAUUUCGAAAACGUUUGCUAAGCAUCGUAGUGUUCUAUCCAAAUUUGUCCUUUGGAGACCCCCACGAGAAUACAAGUGACCUAUUUUAAACUUCCCGCGAGAAUAUCAAGGUAUGCUAAGCUCCGCCUCCGCAAACAAUCGCGCACACGCCGCCUAAUUAGUAUUGAAAUUGAGGUGGUAACUAGACAAUGCUUAAAAAACUGUAAAAGCUUUUAAGAUAUGAUCGCUGAGAUCGCUGCAGAAAUAUUCAGCAAUCGUUACUAUCACAUGGAAACCACACUCCUAUUAUUGUCGCAAGAUAGACUCUAGUUCUAUCUCGACGAUCGUCGCACUCACAAGCCGGUUGUCGGAAGCAUCGCUCAUAUUUUUCUCUACCGAUUGAAGCGAUUUUGACGAAGUAGAUUCUUCAUGAUACUUUUUUUCUAAAUUUUUCUUUUUUCUAUUUUCUAUUUUCAUGAUACUAAUUUUUAUAAUUCCGAUAACAUUUUGACCAACGGGAGUCUGUCAGUCCAUAUAAGAAUUCGCUGCAAACGAAUUUGCUAAACGCUUUGUUAAGAGCGUGGCUAUUGUUAAUUAUUGCUAUUGUUCACUUUAUGUCACCUUGGGAUUUACUUUACGCAUCCAACCGUUUGAUUGACAGCAGCUGAAAUCUGCAAAGAGACUCAUGUAUUCCCAAAGCUUUACCUGCUGACCAAUCACAACCGACUAGUUCAGGAUAUGCAAAUUAUUAUGCUGCCCGCUGAUUAAAUGGGCACUGCAAGUACAUGUCGCGAAAGACAAUAGCAUUCUGGGCGAUGUAAUAUUCCUUUCUGUUCUAUACUAUUCUAACCUUUUCUUUUAUAUUCCUUUCUAUUCUAUGCUAUUCUAACCUUUUCAUAUUUCUUUCUAUUCUAUACGAUUCUUACCUUUUCUUUUAUAUUCCUUUCUAUUCUAUACUAUUCUUACCUUUUCAUAUUUAUUUCUAUUCUAUACUAUUCUUACCUUUUUUUAUAUUCCUUUCUAUUCUAUACUAUUCUAACCUUUUCUACCGUAUUCCUUUAUAUUCUAUACUAUUCUUUACCUUUCUUUUAUAUUCCUUUCUUUUCUUUACUAUUCUAACCUUUCUACCGUAUUCCUUUCUAUUCUAUACUCUUCUUACCUUUCAUAUUUCUUUCUAUUCUAUACUACUCUUACCUUUUCUUUUAUAUUCCUUUCUAUUCUAUACUAUUCUUACCUUUUAUACUAGUUUAUCCUAUUGUAUGUUUUCUCUCCUAAUUUUCCCUAUCCUAUGUUAUCCUUUUUUUAUCCUAUCCUAUCCAAUUCUAUGAGGGUUUCAUUGAGGUUGUGGCUUUUACGGAUAAUACGGUAAUACGAUACGGCUAAUCGUUAAUUUCUUUUCAUUUUUGUUAAAAGAAACAUUUUUUCGGCUAACUUUUUUAACGACUGACGGUUAACAUUAGUUGAUUUUGGCGUCAAAAGGCUAAAAUUUUUUGUUGUUUUACGGCUAACAAGUUAACCUCGGCUAGACUUUAUUUUAUGUUAUUCUAUCUCAUCCGAUUUUAUUCUAUCUUAUUCUAUCCAAUUCUUCCCUGCUAUAUCUCAUCCUACUGUGUCCUAUCCUAAACUACUGUAUUUCAUUCUAUCCUAAACUAUUCCACUCUAUGAUUAAUAAAUCUACCUCUUUAUCUCUGUCUCUCUCGCGUCUUUUGAUUCUUUCUUUCAAACAAUUUGUCAAAGUAGUUCCCUUUAGCAGAAUUAGUUUUGUAAGUUUUAGGAGAAAAUCUCUUUCCUCAAUGGCUAAACAGAAAUGAAACAAGGCAACAUAAGUUUUAUUCUUAUUUCAGCCAUAUGCAGUUUUCCACGAAAGAUCAAGAUAAUGAUCUAAAGGUUACAAGCUGUGCCCAACGCUACAAAGGGGCCUGGUGGUAUAAAAGCUGUCAUGAGUCCCACCUAAACGGAUUGUAUUUGAAUGGCCAAAAUUUUCCUGAAGGAAUCAACUGGGUUACUUUCAGGAACAAUUACUACUCACUAAAACGCACUGAGAUGAGAGUAAAAACCAAGGGAUAAGAUGGUUUUUACCGCGGGAUGACCUUAAAACAUGAUCUUAAAGUGCCUAUGACACGAAAUUUUUUUUUGCAUAAAUACUUAGCUUAUCAUAUGUACAAACCAACUCCGAAAGAAGGAAAAUUUCAAAAGACUUAAAACUCGGUUUUUUCGGGCCCUCAAGUGCUCUUUUUUGUCUUAAAAGUGUCCCGUGGAUUGGUAACGAAUUAGCGGGUGAUGACGUAGAAAACUGUGAAAACUCGCAGUUGACACUUACAAAUCUCUCACAUCUCUAGUAAUUUUAUAUCAGUCAGCGUUAAAAUAUUCUUGAAAUACUCUUGAAAUAGUGUCUGAUAGCGAUGUGAAACUACCUUCAGAAAGCUCUACCGAGAGUUGUGACACAUCGUACUCAGGUAGUAGGGAAGGAAUGGAAGUUGCAAGUACGGUUAAGCCCAACGAAGGUGAACCGCGCGUAGCAAAUGAAUUCUCGUUACUGAAUGUUUAGUUUGCUGUGUUUUGUUUUCCAAGGCGAAAUGUGUGUUAAGAAUGGGUAGCUGUGUUCGUUUCUGUUACCAUGACAUUUUAUUCCUUCGCACCACGUGCGGCGAAGGUUCCCCUCGGUAAGUGCUCUAGAUUUUCGCUGCUGUAGAGAAAUUUCCUCUGUAAGCCAAACUUUUGACGAAAGAAUCAGAUGUAUCAAGAGGCACGAUGAUUUUUCACCGAGAAGCUACUGCAAGUUGCUCCUUUCCUCGGAGAUUGCAAAAGCAGAGGCUAUCAUCGAGCCAUUCAAAUCUAACGGAAAACGAGUGAGUUUAUAGUCGCCUGAUUCAAGUUAUCUCAAAUAUGUCUCUCCGUUGGAUACCGCAAUACGUUUUAGCGAUUUAUCCAUUAGAUAGCGUUAUCCACCCUGUAAAUAACUAACCCCGCUCUAUUCGUGGUCUCAAGGGUUUGUCUAUGUCACCAUUAUUAGAUUAGCAUUUAGUUUGUUCUUAAUUUUUAUUUGCAAAUGCUCAUUUCCUUAGGCGGGCGCUAAUGUGGGUUUGAGUGUCAAGUUUCCCUUGUAUGCUUCUAGUUACUUUCAGUUAUAUUUCAUAUUCGUAUUUCUCCGGGGACCUUUGUUCGUGGAGUUAUUUACUUCAUCUAUUCAUUUAGUGUAUGUCACCGAAUUAGAUUUUUAAACAAAGCAUCAAGUUGUGGAUAGGCCUUAACUCACGCACAAGUCUUAAGGAACAAUACCGUAAAUGUGAGAGUUUUUAUAAAUAGAGACAACGAAGAUAGGCAGAGAGCAGACAUCAAAUUUAAAUUUAGCUGAAUCUUCAGUGACAACUUGGAGGGGGGGAGGGGUCUGGGGACUCCACACCUCUCCCUUCCCUCCAUCCCAUCAAACCCGUGAGAAAGUUUACUACAUGUCUUUCACCAAAAUUCUUUGAACGACGGGAUUAUAUAUUACUACUGCUCAACUACAAUCAUUAAGAAUUUAUAUUUCUUAAAAUAUGUCUUAAUGCGUUAAUGACCAAAGUUCUUUUAACGACGGGAUUAUAUAUUACUACCGCUCAACUAGAAGCGUUAAGAAUUUAAAUUUCUUAAAAAAUAUGUGUUAAAAUUAUUUGGGCUCCGGUUUAGACACAACUUUGUGUUUUCUGAAUCAGAGUUGUAACCCUGCCAAUAAAAAUUCCUAGAUCCGCUUUGUAUCUUUUAAGCCCCCAAGACAAUCGUUUACCAUUGGAGCGGGGAUCAGCUCCGCCUCCCUCCUCGCCAGAGUGUAUUCUUGAUUUUGCUUUAAUCUCGUUUACUUUCUUCUUUUACUGACAAAAGCUGUAUGUCUACAUUCUUGAAACAAAAUUAUUGUAUGACCAAUGUUUAAUAAACUUGAAAUACGACCUUCAAAGAUGAAACCCAAAUUUAGCGCAAGUAAACCGUGAUGAUUGUAACAUGGAAUCUCGUAGGAGUAAAAAAAGGUAUGAUAUGAAAAUAAUCCUAAAGUCUUUUAUCUUUUCGCACCUCAACAAUUGGCCGAAGAUUUGAGACGAGUCAGGAGUGGUUUGCUGGCGGUCUGGAACCAGCAGUUGGUGCAAGACCCUCUCGCUGACUCGCACUGCUCAAGGGCUCAUACUUUCCCACUGGCGAAGAAACGCUCUUAUAAAGAGGACCUGAUCGCAGGCUUAGAGUCAAAACAUUAAAAUUAAAUUAAGUUGUCUUGAGGUCUGUGUCUAAAUUUCCGUAAAAACCCAAAUCUAAAAUUUACUAAAUACAAGUGCAAAAAAAAUACAAUAAAAACACUAAAAAACUAAAAACAUAAAAUUGCAACUACCAAAACAUAUUAUUGGAAGCUGCCAACGCCGGCUGUAGGAACACUUUUCAUUUCACACAUGACUCUACAAUGACAAGUUUUGUUUACUUCAUUGUUUUUAUUUUCUAUCCAUUGAAAUUUCAACAAGUUCAAGAUUAAUAAUUAAUACCGUGAAGUUAAAAACCGAAAAAUUGCGAUAAACAUCAAAUACUGAAAGAUGCCGAGGCAUCUAAGUGAGUGAUUUCGAAGUAUGUAUCUGCUUAAACUGCUUCUAGUGUCUUUAACGAUUUCUUUUACAUACGGAGACCCUCGAAUAAUGACAACUGUCUUCCAAGCCAUUAACUUUGCCAGAGAUAUAAGAGGUCGACGCCUUAAUGGAAGUGUUAUAAGACAAAUACAAGUGGACUCAGAGAGUUCUUGCCGACUACAUUGCGUCAAAGAAAGCUCAUGUGUGUCAUACAACUUUGGAUCCACAACAAACAACAAGAAGUUUAAAUGUCAACUAAGCGACUCCGAUCGCUUUGCUAGUUUUAAGAAUUUCACCGAAGACAACAAAUUUCUCUACCGAGGAGUGAAGAUAAGAAACUUUAGAUGUACUUUUUCUAGAAUGAAGCAGGUAAGCAAAUAGAACAAACUCCUUAUAAGCGUAUGCUGACAUGAUGUGUAAACACUUGAGUAUUUCAGGGCUCUAAACAACUUUAGAUUAGAAGACAAAACUCAAACGUCCUCAUUUUUAAUAUGAUAUUUUAUAUGAUAUGAUAUAACGAGUAAAACUAAGACAGCAUAACAAACCUUGUUAUUAAAACCAUAUAUUCUUCAUGUUCUCGUCUCUAAGUGAUUUAUAUUAAGCGCGUAAUUUAAAUUUUCUUCACCGUUUGACGGAUGCUAAUGACGUCAUGCUGAGAGUUGACUUGGAGGACUUUGAGGGGAACAUCACAUACGCCGAGUACAAGACAUUUAAGGUGGCAGACGAGGCUGAUAAGUACAGACUCACUCUCGGAGAAUACAGUGGCACCGCGGGCGAUUCCUUCAUGUAUCAUAGGUAUCGUAAAUAGUCAAGAAAUACAUGGGUGUUGAAUGUGUUUCGUUCUCUCUUUGUCUUGGGCCGAAUCAAUGAUCAACCAAAAACGUUUUCUUAACUCAGUCUUAUCUUCUCUCCUGAUAUUCUUUAAGUUAAAAGUGAAGUCGCCUCUGAGACUGACAGCCAUAGGAAUCGUGGAGGUCAUUGAGCAGAAUUUUUAUUGUUCUCGCGACAUUUACUUGCAGUGGCGAAAAUAUUAUAGAUCUGACACGGUUUUUUUAGAAAUGAGGAAAAAAUUUAAGCGCUUACUGAGAACUGAUUAUAUUCAUAUAUAUAUUAUAUUCUAUCCUAUUGUGCCCUAUCCUAAACUGCUAUAUUCUAUUCUAUCCUAUUUUAUUCUAUUCUACGAUAUUAUAUUAUAAAUCUACAUUUUUAUCUCUGUCUCCCUCGCGUCUCUUAAUUCCUUCUUUAAAGCAACUUGUCAAAGUAGUUACCUUAAGCAGAAUUGGUUUUCUAAGUUUUAAGUGAAAAUUUCAUUCCUCAUUGGCUGAACAGAAAUGAUAGAAGGCAACAUUCUUAAUUCCUUCUUUAAAGCAACUUGUCAAAGUAGUUACCUUAAGCAGAAUUGGUUUUCUAAGUUUUAAGUGAAAAUUUCAUUCCUCAUUGGCUGAACAGAAAUGAUAGAAGGCAACAUUCUUAAUUCCUUCUUUAAAGCAACUUGUCAAAGUAGUUACCUUAAGCAGAAUUGGUUUUCUAAGUUUUAAGUGAAAAUUUCAUUCCUCAUUGGCUGAACAGAAAUGAUAGAAGGCAACAUAAGUUUUAUUCUUAUUUCAGCCAUAUGCAGUUUUCCACAAAAGAUCAAGAUAGUGAUCAAUUUAAAACAAGCUGUGCCCAACGCAGCAAAGGAGCCUGGUGGUAGAGCAGCUGCCAUAAGUCCAAUCUAAACGGAAUGUAUUUCAAUGGCCAACAUGCCUCUCGUGCUGAUGGAGUCAACUGGUUUACUUUCAGAGGCAAACAGUAUUCACUAAAACGCACUGAGAUGAAAGUAAAAGCCAAGGAAUAA